AUGUCGAACGCAAAAGUCGCGAGCGACUUCGAUGCCAUCAUCCAGGCUGACCGCCAGCGCAAGAAGAAUGAAGCCCUUGCCAACGAAAUCUUUGGUCGUAACAAGGCCAACAAGGCCAACUCAAAAGCCGCUGGCAAGAACUCAACCAAGACGCCUGACCUUGCGAGUCGCAUAACGAAGCGCUCAUCUUCUGUGGCCAGCACAAACUCGUCCAGAAACAACCCCUUCUCUCCGCCUUCGCGACCUUCCUCAGCGACUCCUCACCAGAACGCCCGCUCGGCUCGCGUUCCCUCGAACCGCCUCGUCUCUGCCCUGGAUUCUCCGCAAGCGAACAUCAUCUCCUCAUCGCAGAGGAAGUCGAGGGGUAACGGCCUGAGCAUCAAAGGGAAAGCCGGCCCGUUCGUCGUCGAAGCCAGUAACUUUGCGCCAGGCACGACUGCCGCAGACAUUGAGUCAGCCUUGCAGAGUGAAACCGUCGAUGAGAACGGGGUCAGCGGGAUGCUCUCAUGUCGUCUGGUCAAGACGAGUCCUGCAGUCAUGGCGGAGCUGGUGUUUGCGGAAAAGGCAAUGGCAGAGCAGGUCAUUUCGACAUACCACAACCAGAAAGCUGACGGGCGGAUUCUGAAGCUUGAACUGAAGCGUUCGGGGGCUGGGUCGAAUACUCUGAUCUCACAACCACAUCAGAACAGCCAGGCGCCUGACGCGCUCAUUUCGGAACCACAACAAUCUCUGCCCAGUGGAGACGACAUUAUGGAAGACGUCGAAAUCGAGGCCGAAGCACAACCAGCCCGUGACGACCGGCGAAGUCGAGAACGUUCGAGAAAUGCAGACCCAGACCUCACGGACGGCAGAUAUGGCUUCGAAGAUGCUCCCAUCUCAGACGCGAACCACGAUCGAAUAAGAGACGACGACCGACGCGACCGAGACAGGGACCGAGAUCGAGACCGCGACUACGAGCGCGAUAGAGAACGAGAGAGGGAGCGAGACAGAGAUCGAGAACGAGAACGAGAACGAGAGCGUGGUAGGGAUGGAGACAGGGACAGAGACAGAGACGGACGAGACCGCUACGACCGCCGCGACGACAGACCCUCAGGCUCAGGCUCAGGCUCAGGCUCAGGCUCAUAUCCAUACCACCGCGACAGCAGACCCGAUGGCUACAACUCGAGAUCAUCACACUAUGGGAACGGUGUCGGCGGACCGCCUGUCGGGAGAGGAAUGUUUGGUGGUGGUGCGCCGGGAGGAUUUCUUCGCGGCGGAGGCAGGAUGUACAGCGACGACAUGAUGAGAGGCGGGCCGAGAGGACGUGGAGGGUUCCAGCCUAGAGGGUACGGAAGGGGCAGAUAUUAG